AUGGCGAGCCUCCUCAAGAAAAUCGUAGACGCUGAGCAGUGGGACGCCGAGGACAUCGCCGGGCGGCUGGGCAUGGUCUUGCACGCCGCCUUUCUCUUCGCCGGUUUCCAGCCCUACGGCGCCCUGCCACGGUCGGGACACCUCCUGAAGAAGCAAUCACGCAAGAAGGGAAGCUCGCUGUGCCUCUCCCGACAGUACACCGCGCCGGACCUUGCGCACCGCGACGGCGCGGACGCUGCCGUGCUGAUGCUGUGUGUGCAGGGGAGCGACGUCGCGCUCCUCGUGUUCCUCGUCACCACCGACGGCGACGACACGCCGGAGAACGCGUACCUAGAGCGGCUGGAUCUCGGCACCGUCAGGCCGCUCCUCUCCCGCAGCCUCUGUGGCGUGGAGCCCUGGGCGUCGCGGAUCUGCAAGUCGCUCGCCGACGGCGUGUGCUGGGGCCUCCUCCACGAGCUGUGCAGCAGGAACGGUCUGCCGCUGAGCGGCUUCGAGUCCCUGCCCGACGACCUCAAGGGAGCCGUCUUGGAGAAGCUCACCGACGGCAAGGACCUCGCGAGGGUGGAGUGCGUUAGCUCCCAUCUGAGGCUGCUCGUGGCGGAGCGUGACCACAAGCUGUGGAAGACCUUGUACAAGGCCCUGCCUGCGCGCCAGCGCCGGGGCCGGUGGCGUCUGUGGUGGUUCUUCCACGACGACGCCGAGAGCUCCGACGAGGAGCAGGAGACUCUCAGUGUCGGAUCGAGCUGGAAGGACAUGUACGUGGAGGCCAGGCGGCGUCCCUAUUAUCCCUUGUUGUUCAGGCCGCGCUCGUGGUACUUCGACUCCGUUGAUCCUGAUCCCAUCAGAAUAAUUCGUCGAAGGGGCCUGUUGUCAUGGCCCGUUGACUACUGGGUCAUCCAAGAUCCGCCGGAGGAGGAGAAGACAGUUCCUCCAAGGGUCGACAGAAGCGGCGGCCGCCGCCGGAAGCUGGCACGGAACGACUACAACAAGUGGCAUGGUGGCGGCGCGAUCCACUCGCCGUCGUCUCGCUAUCGCUGGAAGCAUCGUUAG